AUUCGCACGAGAGGACAGGUGAUGCCAUAUCUUGUGAUCUUAUACGUAGUCAUUAUUCUAGUCUUCGUCAGACACAACUUUGCUGGGAAAGAAAAUGUAGAGGAAUUUCUUAGAAGUUCCCUUCACAUAGCUCCGGACAGUGGUGUUGGUCUCCACAAUAAAGGCACAGCAGAAAUAACAUUCUUCAUCAUAUUAUGUGAAGGUAAACCGAAUGACAAUCAGGGUGGGAAGACAGCCUCUGAUAUUGCCAGACAACUGCGCCAGGCAGCUGUCAUGCUGAAGUCUGCUGCAGCACUUUCAACAUCUGUUCUCAGGUUUAUUGUGGUGGCAGACUCUAAGAAGUUCUUUCUCCGGUUCGUAAAUACCACUUCAUCCUGGCCCCAGGUGUACAAAAAGCGGGUAAUCUUUGAAUAUCGUGAUGUGUGGUACCCCGCUGACAGAGAAGAUAUGCGAUCUAUGUUCCGUGUGUGUGCCACAGAGAGACUCUUCCUGCCUGAUAUGUUUCCCAAACUCGAUGCCGCAAUAUACAUUGAUACCGACUUGGUGUUUCUACGGCCGCCAGAGCAACUAUGGCAGGAGUUCCGAAAGUUUAAUGAUGUUCAGUUAGCAGCCAUGGCACCAUGCUUAUACCAUUAUGGAACCAGGAAAAACAAGGUGCCUUUCUAUGGUAAAACUGGACUCAACGCCGGGAUCAUGCACAUGAAUAUCACUAGAAUGAGAAAGUUUUCUGAAGGCUGGACUGCUGCAAAUAUGAAGAUGUUCGACAAAUACAAAAAGAAGAUCAAACUAGCUGAUCAAGAUAUUCUUAAUAUACUCUUUCAUAAGUAUGGCGAGCUGGUGUACGAGCUGGGCUGUGAAUGGAACUAUCGGAUAUUCCAAUGCUCGCAAGGUUACAACAUGUGUCCUCAUGCAGCCACAAAUGGAGUUUCCAUCCUCCAUGGCAAUGCCAUGGCCUUCGUCAAUGGUGCAGAGAUGAAACUACAAGUUAUAUUUGAGUCGUGGGAGCAGCACGUGUUGGGGUCGUCACUGGACCACCUCCUGGCCACAAUAUGGGACAAACUUGAAGCUGUCAGUACUAACCAUCAGCCGUCAAAGUGUGCCCGCGUUAGCAACAUAAAUAACAUAUUAACCAAGGAACUUCAGAAGCAUUUAUUAAAUAAUUAUUCUUUAUAGUAUAUCAUUAAUUUAUUCAAAUAUGCUUUAUGAUUUUUACAAUAUGGCGUCUAACGUUUACAAUUUUUUUUUUUAAAUUAAGUAACAUAGCAAAGAUUGGCAAUUAACUCACUAAAGAGGAAAAUUCAGGAAACGUUUCGGCUCAUUAUGUCUAAUUGUGUUAUGAUAAUGGUUCAUGACGGACCGAAACGUCAUCUAAGGUGUCCAUUCUAAAGUGUGGGCUAGUUGUUAGUUGUUCAGGCAACAGUAUUGUGACCACAAACACGACGCAGAAUAUUUUAAUAUUGGCGCUCAAGUCACGCCAUUACUGAUUAAAAGUUUAACUAUAUUCUCUCUCUCUCUCUAGACAAGGGAAGAAUUAAUAAGAAAAAAAUUCUUUUAUGCAUAGAAUCAUUCCAUAAAAUGAUUGCUUUGCAAGGUAUUGCGAAUCAUUGAUGCAAACAAACCAGGGAACGGGUUAAGGUUGAACCCAUGGGAAAAGUGUCUUAAAACUUACAGGCCAAUGCGUUAACCACUGAGCCAGCUGGCUCUAUAAACAUUCAUCCAACUAGAGUAGUAUAUUUCUAUACACCCGUUCCAUGGUUUGUUUGCAAUUGUGUUUUUUCCUGUUUCGCGAGUCACUGAUGUAAGCUGUUGUGAAUGAUUGUUAAUGUAAUCAUUGUAUAUAAAUACUGUAGCUAUU